UGGCGCGGGGUUGGUCAGCCGAUGCCAGAAACCUGAUGAUCUGAGAUACGUCUAUAAGAGUGAACUCAGCACAACCAGACAAUAAUGCCAAUAUGCACAUCAUCCAAAACAAUUCUGCGUAGUUUGCGAGACCCGCGAUGUGGCUCAACUCCCGAUACACCGUGCUAGCGGCGCUGGUCGCACAAGCGACAGCGGUCACCCAGAUCACCGACGCGAACAUGACAGCGCUGCUCAACCAGGGCGGCGUCGAGCUGGCCGACCGGUACGCUCCGCUUUGGUUCUUCGGGGAGGCCCUGAACGAGGUGCCAUGUUACCCGACCUGGGCCUUUGGGGGCUCGCCCGACUCGCCCGAUGUAUACGACACGGCGCAUCGGACGGCACCCGCGCCGCAAUGCGAGUAUCCCGAUGUAGGCUGCAAAUGCCGCAACCCGGGAGUCGCUGCGGGGAGCCCAGGGCCGGCGUUCCCGAUCUACUACACCGUGCAGCGAUGCAAUGAGACCGAGGUGCGGGUGGUCUAUAACCUCUUCUAUGAGAAGGACGGCGCCGAGGUGCUCGACCUCAUCGAGACCGGCCAUGACUAUGACUGGGAGAGGGUCAUCAUCGUACACUCUCGCAACGAUGCAACCAAGCUGUGGGCGCCUUCUCGCGCGCUGCUCUCCGCCCACAGCGGCUACCAUAACAUCGUGUGGAGCAAGAUCCAUAGCACGUUGACCACCGAGGAGAUCGAGGCCGGCGACGCCAAAACGCCCGCAGGGGUGCAGAACAACGACCAUCCGAAGGUGUAUGUUUCGUGGUCCAAGCACGCGCAUUUCGAUACCCGCGACACGAUCUGGGUCGACCCUAUCAGUCAAUCGACGGACAAUGCCUUUCGCAGUGACGACUGGUGGUACUAUGUCGAGCAGAAGUACUAUAUCCAAUCGGACAAUUCCACCGCGGCCGGGAAAGCCUUGGGCAGCACGGAUUGGGGAUCGGCGACCAGCAAUCCUCCGUAUGUGCAAGCGAGCGUCUCCUCAAACCCCCAAGGAAGAAAAGAAACACAAAAAAAAAUGUGGUUCCAAAAAACCUUCACCCUCCCCUCCCGCUCACGCGGCAGCUACCUGAUCACCGACCACGUACUGUCCGAGCUGCCAGAGAUCCGGGACUACAAGGUGGGGAUGCUGAACCUGUUCGUGCAGCACACCAGCUGCGCGCUCUCGUUGAACGAGAACUGGGACGAGGAUGUGCGGGCCGACAUGAGCGACGCGCUGGACCGCAUCGCCCCCUACGACAAGAAGGGGAACCUGUAUCGCCAUUCCGCCGAGGGGGAGGAUGAUAUGCCGGCACACAUUAAGUCUGCUUUGAUCGGGGCUUCGGUUACAAUUCCCAUCUCGAAUGGUCGGUUGGCGACGGGCACGUGGCAGGGUAUCUGGCAUUUGGAGUUCCGCACGAGUCGGCACUCGCGCAAGGUGGUGGCUACCAUUCAGGGUGAGAAGGCGUGAGUCGAGUCUUAGAGGAUUAGUGGUUAGUAUUUUAGUUGCUGGGUUAGUGUAUAGAAUCGAACAUCACACUCG